AUGUCCUCUCCACCAAGAAUCGCCAUUGUCGGCGGUGGUCCCGGUGGACUAACCGUUGGUCUUUUGCUACACCGACGUGGGAUCUUAUCCACUAUAUUUGAGCUUCGCCAAAAACCCACCGAUGAGGAGCUGGCUAAGCCUUCCGGCAUGCUUGACCUCCAUAAGGAAUCUGGCCUUGCUGCCAUCAGAGAGUGCGAACUAUACGACCAAUUCCUCCAGCUCACGGGCGAGUGCUCAGAGGCACAAAAGGUCUCGGACAAGGAUGGCAACAUUCUACACCAGGACGAAGGAGAACUGAGUGAUCGCCCCGAGAUCUCCCGCCACGCUCUCACAAAACUCUUGAGUUCUCAUUUACCGGCCGAAAACAUCAAAUACGGCUACAAGCUCUACUCAGCUACAAGCAUAUCCACACCGAAUGGCACUGAGACGGAACUGGACUUUGGGCCCAAUGGCAAACAAAGAUUUGAUUUGGUCAUCGGUGCCGACGGAGCUUGGUCCCAGGUUCGCAACAUGCUAUCAGACAUCAAACCCCAGUACGCAGGAAUACAGAACAUUACUACUACAUUUCGACACGUUUCGACAAAAUAUCCGCAUCUGGCGGAAUUGGUUGGCCCUGGAAGCUUCGCUGCGCUUGCCUUUCGGCACGGCGUCAUGUCCCAGCGUGGGCCGCAAGACGUAGCCCGCAUCUUCAUCUUCCUGACAACACCGGAUGAGCAUCUUCCCGUCUCAGCAGGGUUGGCGGGCCGCGCUGCUUCAGAUGCAAAAGAGUUACUCUUGAAUAACGAUGAGUUCUUGGGACGUUUUGGUCCCAAGAUCAGGGAGCUGGUUAGUGUUGCAUGCGACGAAGAGACGAACGACAACCCGGGGGCCGCUUUGGACAUCAGACCAUUAUAUACGCUACCAAUUGGUGUCUCGUGGGAGCACAAGCCAAACGCAACGCUCAUCGGAGAUGCUGCACACUUGAUGUGUCCCUGGGCUGGCGAAGGAGUGAACCUGGCAAUGUGGGACUCGCUCUUGCUAGCUCAUGCCAUCAUCAAGGCUUACCAUGCUGCCAAAGACCAAGGUGCCUCAUUUCAAAGUGAGCUGGAUCCCUUGAUGAAAGAAUUCGAGGAUGAAAUGUUCGUACGCACCAAGGAGAAGGCGAAGGAGACUUACAGCAACGGCCAGAUGAUGUUUGGAGAAGAUGGAGCGACGGCCUUCAGAGACUUCUUCCGCGCGAUAUACAGCCAAAACGAGGGAAAGGAAACCUUGGAAGCUAUACGUGCUGCCUAG